AUGGAUACACGACCGCCUACAGCCAGCGGUCUCCCAGAUCGCAAAUCGGCCAGGUGCCGGUUCUUUGGGUCUAGAAAGGGGUGUCGGGCUGGCAAUGAUUGCCCUUAUGCUCAUGUUGUGCCAUCUGCUGGCCCUGUGGCCGCUUCGUCAGAACGCUCAACAUCUUCUGUACAGGUCAAUGAUCCACGGCCAAGCACCCAGCAGAGUAAUGAAACUAUGCCGUUCGUGGGAAGAAAUGAGAAUGAAUCAACUACAUCCUCAGCUCAAACGUUCAAUUCCCGGCCCCAGCGUUCCACGGACAUCUUGUCUCAACCUGUGCAGCGGCCAAUCCCGCGUGCUCAGCUUGAGAACCCUAGAGAGUUCCAGAUAAACCAAAUUAGGCGUCGUUUUCAUCCGGAAGAGCGAUCUAAUGAAGAGGGAACGCAUCUGAUGUUUGAGAUGUAUCCGUCGGAUCCAGAUUUCACUUCUAGCUUGAACAGCUUGACAUGUGCAAUGCAUGUUCCUCUGGGAUAUCCAUCUCAAGGGACGCCGUCCCUAGAUAUUUUGAACAAAGACAUAGAUGCGAAGUACAAGAUGCUUAUUCAGCAAGAAUUCGAAAACAUUACCAAGACUCGUAUUUCGGACACUCUUCUAACAUGGAUGAAUGUCCUGGACAGAUCGCUGACAAAAGUAUUCUCUACACCGCAUCCAAGGGCUGGGCCGGCACCACCUGGUCCUUCGUACAAAGGACGGGGCUUAUCUUUUUCUCUGAAUGAUCAAGAGACAACAAUGAUCCAAGAAAAGGAGAAGGCUCGCCAACGUCGAAAGAGAGAGAUCACACAGCUUACUUCUCGCCUGGGCAGGGUGCCUCUGUUUUCAGAAUCUGCGGAUGGUGUCUCCUUUACCAUCCCAGUUAAUCCACUUAAGCCACAAUUACUUCCCCCGUCUCUCAAGUCCGUUAAAAAGAUUGACUUGACUGUCCCAUUGUUAUACCCGCUUGAACCUUGUUACAUCAAGUUUCCUGGCAUUGAUGACAACUCAGCCAGAGCAACGGAGGCAUCGUUUGAGAAGCAUGUCAUAGGUAAUCCAGGUGCGAGCUUGACAUCGCAUAUUAACUAUCUGUCCACAAUGCUACAUACUCUAGCAACACAGCCAGUUGAAGAUGCUGUUACAUCUUUAUCCCUGAAUGAUAAAUACGAAACUGAAGUAGGAACGCCGUCAUCAUCGACUUUGCCUCCGGACCAAUCUCAUCUCACAGAGACAAGGACUACGAUAGAUGUUCCUGAUCGGCCCCAUAUUCAGGUCAUUCCUAGGCCACCUGAAUGGAUAUUGCCCAAACAAGGUGACGAGUUUGAUAGUGAUAGUGAUGAAUCUGAUUACUCUGAACCAGAAGAAAGUGCUACUGAUGAAGAAGAUGAUGAUGAUGAUGAAAGCGGUGGUGUCAGUGUUCCACCAAUGCCACCGCCUCCUACGGGGCGGGAUGUGGCGUUGUCAUUUCCAUCAAUGGAGCUCCUGGGAAUUGAACUUCUCGAGUUGAAAACCCUACAUUUAACGCUCAAGUGUGAGCGGUGCAAGGAGUUUGUGGACAUUAAAAACAUUAAAAUUGGAGAAGAUGGGUUGAGUGUUCUUCCAAAAAGGGUCGGGUCAUGCAAGAAGUGCGGUAACAAUCUUAGUAUCGGCUUUCGCCGCGAGUUAAUGCACCCCAGCUCUAACCGUGCGGGGUAUCUUGAUCUUGAGGGAUGUCUUGUCGUUGAACUGCUUCCUAGUAAUUUUAUGCCGACAUGCUCCGAAUGCUCGACUACCUACCCCGCACCAGGAAUUGUUGCAGUUCGUGGAGAUGAUGCGUCGGCAAUCUGUCGUGAAUGUCACCAUAAGAUGAGGUUCAAAAUUCCCGAGGUCAAAUUCUUGCUUGUGAGCGCUGGAGCAGGUACCUCUCAGACUCAUGCCCGGAUGAGAAAGCCGAAAGAGAAGCUGGGGAUUGUUGCUGGACAGGAGUUACCCCGUCGUGGCCGGUGUUCCCAUUAUGGGAAGAGUUAUCGAUGGUUUAGGUAUGUGGAUAACCAUCCGGAUUCUACUCUGUACAAGAUGCAAGCCCAUGAUUACCCGGCGCAGCAUGGUUCUCCUGUUGUCUCAAGGUUUUUCCAUGCGAUAGAUGUCAUGACGCCGCCUCUGAUCAUCCAAACGAGCACGCCAACCGUAUGA